AUGCACCCAUCAUCCCAGCGGGAUUUGUUAUUGCCUCACCCAGUGGACCAGGGUGCGCACUCGCAGCAUCCUGCAGGGGAAGAUGUCGCAAACGAGAGACAACGAGCAUGGUCAUAUGCGCCGAGUGAGAAGGAGCAGCUAAAGCAUCAAGGAAUCAUCUCGGAGUAUGCAAACUGUCCACCUCUCGAGCAGCACCCGGCCAACUAUGCGCCUUUGGUUCAAAAUCAGCAGCAGCAACAGCACCAACCACUACAGCACCAACCACUACAGCACCAACCACUACAGCAACAACAACCACAGCAACAACAACCACAGCAACAACAACCACAGCAAAAUUAUAACACUUCAAUAUCUCCUCAGACGUACGCGAUCCCGCCCGGGCACCAGCAGCACGCCACUCAGGUGUACACCCAGCCUUAUGUCAGCCAGUUGUACACAAUGAUGCCAGAGCAACCUCAACACCAAUGGAACCAACAUAUUGACAUGACCAUAUCUCCUCAGUAUGCAAACGGACCAGAACAAUGCCAGAACAGCACUCCGAUGUCUCCCCACUCAUAUGCGAGUCCUCCGGCUGCGACACAGCCACAAAACCGCCGCCAGGAACAACGGCGCGGCAUCGAAAUUCCAACCCAGCAACUUGCCUCGUACACCGAACCCCCCAGCUCACCAACAUCCAACUCACCAGGGCCACUGCCCCUGAAGGUAAACCCCGAAGUUCCAUCCCGAAGCGAGACCAUGCCCAUUGUUCCGGACGAGAAUCCUCUCCAGUCACCCAAGUCACCCUAUUUCCCUCCACCUACCAGAACGAUAACAUCGCAUACUCCCCAACAAGAUGACUUGAGCGACGAGAAGGAGAUCCAGAAGCGUGAGGAGAACCGAUCUCGCGCGGUUAGGGAGCGGAACGCGACGUUGCUCUCGCCGUAUACUGCUCCCGGGCCGAUGUCGUAUGGCCCACCACCCAGGUAA